AUGUUACAGGAGUUAUGCUUGCAUUCUGUUGUUGCAAGUGGACUACCUGAAACAUAUUAUUUUGGUCUUACAAGUGAGAUAUGUCUUUCUAUAUCAAUUGAUUCUGCUCCUCUUUAUCUUUCUUAUCAUACGCCAAAUACAAUUCAGGUAACAAAAUAUUCACAGAACCAAACACGAAAUAGCGAAUUCAUUAUCUAUCAAACAACUAUUUCCAAUAGAGGUGUCAUUGAUUUCUCUGUUUCUAAAAAUGAUUUUUACAUUUUUCGAGGUGUUGGCUCAGCAUGUAUAGAAAUAACUAUGUCAUCAUUUAGGAAUUUCAAUUGUACUGAUAUAUUUAUUGAAAAUUCAUUAACAGCUUUUCAUUAUUACAAAUUAAAGUCUCAUGACUUCUUUACGACAAAUAUAACGCAAAAUAAAUGUUAUUUAUUUUCAAGUACAUCGCCCCAAUUGAUUACUUUAACGGUUAACGCAUGCGAAUUUUGUCCAAAAAUUUCAUUAUACGAAGGGCAAUAUUUAAAGCUUGUUUUAGCCCCAGACCGUAUAUACAAAUACUCUCAGCAGAAUGAUAAUGCACCUUUGAUGCUAAAAUUCGCUCCAAAAAAUUUGUCACAUCAAAUCGAUCUUCCAGCGAUUUCUGUGACAUUACAAGGUAACGCUGCUUCGUUAUUUGCGACGAAUGGUAGCGAAUUCAUGAGAAUUCAUAAUUUCCAAAGUUUAGAACGUCCAAUUUUUUACAUUUACACUUACGAUAUUGCUGCAUACGCUCUUACAACUGUUUUCACGAUGUUUUCAAUUGCAAUUAUUGUUAUAUCGAUUUCGAUUUGGAGAAAGAAAAAGAUGAAAAUUCAGGCUGAAGAAAAGCUUAUUUCCAUAACCUACCCGCUAACAAACGUUUCGUAUUAUAUUAAGAAUUACCACAGCUUUGGAAUUGAUUAA